AUGGGUUCCCAACCACCUCUACAACUCCCUACCAUAGAUUUCUCAAGCUUACACAAGCAUGACCAAGGAACCCUUGCCUGGGACGCAAUGAAAACCCAAGUACUCAAAGCCCUUCAACAAUUCGGUUGCUUUGAAGCGUCUUUCAAUCAGAUUUCACUUGGGCUUCUGGAGUCUGUUUUCGCCUCUUUGAAGCAGCUAUUUUAUCUUCCAUUAGAAACCAAGCAAAGAAACCACCACGAAAAUCCUGUUUACGGCUACAUUGGUCCCUCUAAGGAUAAUCCACUCUAUGAGAGCCUGGGAAUCGAAGACAUUCAAAGCUUCACUAAUAUCUUGUGGCCUCAUAAUGGCAACCCUGAAUUUUUUGAGAACAUGAAAAAAUACAUAGAGAAGUUAGCAGAGUUGGAUGAGAUGGUAAGGAUGAUGGUUCUGGAGUGCUUGAAUUUGGAGAAAUAUAUGGUUGAACACAUGGAACUCUCGAAAUAUAUAACAAGGGUGAUGAGAUAUAGAGUUCCUGACGAACACGAGCCUGAAUUGGGACUAGGAGAUCACGCAGAUAAGAACAUAGUGACAAUCUUACGUCAAGAUGACGUUGGAGGACUACAAAUACAGAACAAAGACGGCGAAUGGAUUGAAGCAAAAACUUCUACUGCAAAUUGCUUUGUUGUUAUGGCCGGAGAAAGCUUCCAUGCGUGGACAAAUGGUCGAGUGCGUGCACCGGUUCAUAGAGUGGUAAUGAAGGGAGACCAGACUAGGUUUUCAAUCGGUUUGUUUUCGGUUGGAAAACCAGGGAAAUUCAUAAAGGCCCCCGAAGAAAUGGUGAAUGAGGACUACCCGUUACUCUUCAAGCCUUUUGAUUACGAAGAGUUUCUUAAAUUCUUUCUUUUGGAAGAAAAUAUCGGCAAUAAGUUGGCAUUAGACAAGUAUUGUGGCGUGUCUUCGAUCUAGUAAGAUUAAUAUUUGUACAAAUAAUUAUUUGCCAUAUUG